AUGUCUCUUCCUCUUUCUCACGACUUCCACGCCACGGCCUUCCUCGGCAUCACCAUCGACGGCCACAUCGCUCGCGCCGACGGAUCAAUCAAUUAUCUGCCUCCAGCACCCACUGGUACCUCGGAAGAACAUGCCGGCAGCAGCACUAAUAGUAGUAUCGUCCCCACCAUCACCGACAUGUUAGCGACAAUGGACAUCCUUGUCCUUGGCCGCGCGACGUACGAAACGGUCCUGAAGCUUCGCAAUGAAGAACACGAGUGGCCGUACAGAGAUCUUCCGGUUCUCGCGCUCUCCAGGCAAACUCCUGUAUCGCUUCCGGUCAAACUUGACGUCGACGACACUGCCAUUUCAUUUGUGGAGAGCAUCGAAGCCACCGUCCAACAUGUCGUGGACAAGGGUUAUAAGAAAGUGUGGAUCGAUGGCGGACAGACGGUGCGGUCGUUUCUUGAAGCAGGGUUGUUGGAUGAGCUGGUACUAACUACGGUUCCGGUUGUACUAGGUAAGGGGAUUAGUUUGUUUGCAGGACUUCAGAGGGAGAUGAGAUGUGAGGUGAUGGGAGUGCGGAGGAUGGAAAGACUAGUUGGCGUGAGGUAUAAAGUGGUGUAUGGGGAGAUUGAUGAGAGGGGGAGGCUCGUGACGUAA